AUGGAGCCAGAAUCCCUCGAGCAGGCGCAGGCGCGGCACCGCAAGGAGCUCAAGGACCUGCAGGGGCGCAUCACGAGCAAGAAGAAGAACGCGACCAAGAAGACGCGCAAGGGCGUCAACGACGAGUGCGCCGAGCUGGAGCGCCAGACGAAGGAGCGGCACGAGGCCGAGCUGCGGGCCCUGAGUGGGGAGGCAGUGGCUGAAGAGCAGGAAGAAGAAGAAGAAGAGGAGGAGGGGGAGGAGGAGGAGACGAUAGAAACACAGACUGCAGCAGCAGCAACAAUAGAAGCGGACCCGCCAGCGCCGUCGUCGAGCAAAACAACAACAGACGAGCCCCCACCACAACAGGCGGCAGGCAAGAAGCGCAACCGGCAAAAGGAGCGGCUGGCGCGGCGCGCGGCGGAGCAGGAAGCGGCGGUCGAGCAGGCGGCGGCCGAGGCGGCGGGCAUGGUGGACCACCGGUCGGCCGAGGCGGCGCACAUGGCGCGCGAGCUGGCGGCGCACGCGCUGGCCGAGAAGGCCAUCGCGCCCGACGGGCACUGCCUCUUUUCGGCCGUGGCGGACCAGCUGUCUAUGAUGUCGAUACCGUUGCAGCAAACAACAACAACAACAACAACAACAACAACAACAACAACAACAGGUAGUAAUAGCAACAGCAACGAAGAUGAUGCAAGGCCACCACCAUACAGGGUGGUGCGGCGCGCCGCGGCAACCUACAUUGCCUCCCACGCGGGCGACUUUGCGCCCUUCCUCGAGGAGCCGCUCGAGAGCUACGUGCGCAAGAUCGGCGAGGGCGCCGAGUGGGGCGGCCACAUGGAGCUGCUGGCGCUGGCGAGCACGUACGGCGUCGAGGUGCGCGUCGUGGCCGACGGCAGGACCGCCGUCGUGCGGCCCGCGGGGAGGGAGGGAGAGGAGCCGCUGAGGCAGAUCUGGCUGGCAUACUAUAGGCACGGGUUCGGGCUCGGGGAGCACUACAACUCGCUGCGGAAGAAGGAGGCGGUGGUGUGAGUUUGGUUGGUGUGAGGGGGGGUUUGGUGCAGCUGGUGGUGGUACUGCUGCUGGACUUGGUGCUGCCAGUCUAGAGUACCAGCCAGCGCUGGUGCAAGAAUUUGCUCGGGGCCCGAUGGCGCAGUCCCGCAACCCUCACGGAGGCCUUUAGGCGCUAGCCCAUGUAGCUGGGAACGGGCGUCUUUUGUUGCCAGGGCAUUCGUUCUUGUAAUGGUAAUCAUGAUGAAAAAGGCCGCCGAGCGCCAAGACAAGGGCCACUUAUUUGAACACUUUACAUAACCCCAUCAAAAUACAAACUAGACUCGCUGCGCUGCACAGUCAGUGGCUAAACACGGCUAUCCGGUCCCGGACGGUCCCGUCCUCCAGCACGCCGGCCUGGU